AUGGGUAGUACAUGUGCAUCAGCAAAAGCAGAGCCAACAAUUAAAAAAACUGCUGGACCAUCUAAUGUAACAGUAUCAAAACUUGCAUCGGAAGAAAAUCCAAAGGUGUCAAAACCUGCAUCUGAAGAAAAUCCAAGAGUAUCAAAAUCCCCAGCUGAAGAAACUCCAAGGGCAUCAAAAUCUCCAGCUGAAGAAAAUCCAAGGGUAUCAAAAUCUUCAGCUGAAGAAAAUCCAAGGAUAUCAAUAUCUCCAGCUGAAGAAAAUCGAAUACCAUCACCAACACAUGCAACACCUGUUGAUCGACGUCAAUCACAAAACUCUUCAAGGAUUGGUGACGAAGAAAAAGAAGAGGAAACUACUGGUGUUCAAACUUAG